CGUCCAGGUCAGAGCUCGAGGCAGGAUCCGUUAUUUAUAAUGGCUGCCUCCAAUAGCAACAGCUCCGGCCGGGACGCCAUGGCGGCCUUCUUCUCGAAGCAGGUCGAGCGGCGGAAGCUGGUCACCAGCGAGAAGCAGGCGCUGUCCACGCGGCUGUCGGCGUCCGGCGACACGUUCCCCGGAUCGGAGCACCGGCCGGCGGACCGGAAGCGGUGGAUGGCGGAGCUGGGCCCCGACAGGGUGCGCGUGCACCAGGUGGUGUGGCCCGGCACGCACGACUCGGCCACCAACAAGAUCGGCAUCCCGUUCGUGACCCGCCCCUUUGCGCAGUGCCAGUCGCUGUCCGUGUACGAGCAGCUCGCCGCGGGCGCGCGCGUCAUCGACGUCCGCGUCCAGGAGGAGCGCCGCGUCUGCCACGGCGUGCUGGCGACGUACCCCGUCGACGUGGUGCUCGACGACGUCAAGAGGUUCCUGGUCGAGACCGAGUCCGAGGUGGUCAUCCUCGAGAUACGCACCGAGUUCGGGCGCGGGGACCCGCCGGAGUUCGACAAGUUUCUCAUCGACCAGCUCGGCGAGCACCUGAUCCCGCAGGACGAGGCCGUGUUCCACAAGACCAUCGCCGAGCUGCUCCCGCGACGCGUCAUCUGCGUGUGGAAGCCCCGCAAGUCGCCGGCGCCCAAGCCCGGCGAGCCGCUGUGGAGCGCCGGGUACCUCAAGGACAACUGGAUCGACACGGACCUGCCGGAGACCAAGUUCGAGAGCAACCUCAAGUUCCUGGGGCAGCAGCCGCCGGUGGCCGACCGGAGGUUCUUCUACCGGGUGGAGAACACGGUGACGCCCAAGGCCGACAACCCGGUGCUGUGCGUGUGGCCCGUGACGAAGCGGAUCCACGGGUACGCGCGACUGUUCAUCGCCGAUGUCUUCGCUAAGGGCCUCGGCGACAGGCUGCAGGUGUUCUCGACCGACUUCAUCGACGGGGACUUCGUCGACGCCUGCGCCGGCGUCACCAAGGCGCGCGUCGAAGGCACCGCGUGACCAAGGGGAGGUUAAUGGUCAAGAUGAGAACGUCUCGGAUGCUCGUGUGCCCACUCCUACAGUCCUACUUACGUAUUUCCGAUUGAUUAGGAGACGGCCUGCAUGGUUGUGUAGUAAUUAGAGGGGUGGCCGCCAUUAGAGGACCAGUAUAUCGUUGCUCUCGUCGGCAUCGAAGUAUCUGGUGUGCAGAGCGCGUGUUCGCGUGGACAUCAUUGUCUUGUGAGGAGUUGUAUAGACGCCAUUCACGUCGUGUGUUAGUGAUCCACACGCAUGGCAUUGCAGUGUAUAUGUACUGGCUAGUGUAUGUUGUCAUCUAAUUUAUACUAUGAAUUCCUGUAUUGUAAUUUGUCUGUACAUAUGAUGUACAAAGGCAGUAAUGAACCGUUAUCAUGACUAAA